AUGUCUGAAGCUCCAAAACCAAGACAAUUCGGUGACAGAAAACCAAGGAAAGGUGGUCCAAGAAGAGGUAGAAGAGAUGGUGAAGAAAAAGGCUGGACUCCAGUCACCAAAUUAGGUAGAUUGGUGAAGGCCGGAAAGAUCACCUCGGUUGAAGAGAUCUACUUGCACUCUUUGCCAGUCAAGGAAUUCCAAAUCAUUGACUUGUUGUUGCCUGAAUUGAAGGAUGAAGUCAUGAAGAUUAGAUCGGUUCAAAAGCAAACUAGAGCUGGUCAAAGAACUAGAAUGAAGGCUGUUGUCGUUAUUGGUGACCACAACGGUCACGUUGGUUUGGGUAUCAAGACCGCUAAGGAAGUUGCCUCUGCCAUCAAGGCCGCUAUCGUCAUUGCCAAGUUGUCCAUCAUCCCAAUUAGAAGAGGUUACUGGGGUUCCAACUUGGGUCAACCUCACUCUUUGCCAUGUAAGGUCACUGGUAAGUGUGGUUCCGUCACCGUUAGAUUGAUCCCUGCUCCAAGAGGUAAAGGUAUCGUUGCUUCACCAGCUGUCAAGACCUUGUUGCAAUUGGCUGGUGUUGAAGAUGUUUAUACCACUUCUUCUGGUUCUACUAGAACUACUGAAAACACCUUGAAAGCUGCUUUCGUUGCCAUUGGUAACACUUAUGGUUUCUUGACUCCUAACUUGUGGAAGGAGACUCCAUUGAUUGCUUCUCCAUUGGAAGUUUACGCUGAAGAAGCUUCUGCUGGUAAAAAGAGAUACUAA